GCAGCAUGGCGGCGGGGGAGGCCAUGGCGGCGGAGGUGCCCGCGGGUACCGCGGCCGUGAGGGCGGCGCCGCUCCUGGCGCUGGAGCCGCGGCUGCAGCGCCAGUUCCAGCAGAAGGUGCAGCGGGCCCGCACCAAGCGGACGGCCAAGGAGGAGCUGACGCCCGGCGUGGUGUUCGUGGGGCAUCUCCCGCGGGGCCUGUGCGAGCCGCAGCUCCGCGAGUACUUCGGGCAGUUCGGCACGGUGACGCGGCUGCGGCUCUCCCGGAGCAAGAAGACUGGAGCCAGCAAAGGCUAUGCAUUUAUGGAGUUUGAGUCUGAUGAUGUGGCCAAGAUUGUUGCAGACACAAUGAACAACUACCUGUUCUCUGAGAGACUGCUGAAGUGUCAGUUCGUGCCUCCUGAGAAGGUCCACGAGAGCCUGUUCCAGGGCUGUGACAGGAUGUUCAGGCAGCCCUCGCAGCCGGCCGUGCGGCGCUACAACCGCGUGCGCUCCCUGCUGGAGAAGGCCAGGAUGACGCAGCGCCUGCUGAGGAAGGAGAGGCUCUUACGGAAGAAGCUGGCUGAGAAGGGGCUGGACUAUGACUUCCCAGGAUUUGCUGCACAGGCGCUUUCCAAAAAGAGGAAAAAAGUUAAAACAUCCAAGAAAGCAAAUCUGAACAUUUCUUUGAGCAGCCAGGAUCCUACUCCAGUGUGUACUCCAGCAGUGCUCGAGCGCCGGAAAGCUGCUCGGAUGGAUGAUGACACAGAGGAUGAUGAAGUAACUCUCAGGCUUCCCUCUGCCAGCGGUAAGAACGCUGUGCAGAGACCAAAGAAGCAGCCAACAAAGGCCAAGCCUGAAGAAACAGAAACAGACUUAAAAUUGUUAUGCCUGUAGCCAUAUUUUUCUCAACUUAAAAACUUUUGAAGUGGAGCUUCUACUGGGUCUGCUGCCCUGGCUUGGUCCAUCCUGCCUAGACUGUUUCAGGCUUUCCUAGGCAAGGACUCUGCUCACAAAUCCUGUCCCUGUGGUUUAGCCAUCAAGGGACAUAGGAAGAUAUCCUUGACUUUGUGCUCACAAGUGCCCGUGCUGUGACACAGCUACAAUAGUCCAGAAUCUUCAGUUAAUUUUAUAACUCGUGUCUAGAGCUCACUGUUUGGAAAGAAAAUGUGAGGCUGUCCAUUCAGAGUUGGCUAAUGCAAGCAACUGUGUCUUAAAUUUAUAAUUAAUGACAGGUUAUUAAAGAAAUUACCAUUUUUCAACUU